AAAAAAAACUCAUCCCCGUGGAUCCGGGCCCAUUGCCAUCUCUGCCGACCACACCGGCACACCCCCGCAACCACUGUUCCCGCCGAUUCGUUUCGUCCCACCGCGCCAAACUGCGACGACGGCGGUCGCAGAGUUGCCUUCCCUCCAACCGUACCGCCGCCGCCGCCGCUGACGAGCAUAUUGGGCCGAGCGCCUCCCCGGCCAGCAGCGGCACCGUCGCCGGUUCCAAGUCCGGGGUCGACGCGCUGUGGGGCUUGCUGAAACUGGCAGGAGAGCUGCCGAUUAUAUUAAUAAAGAAGAAGUGGUCCGGAUCGGACUAAACAACAAAACAAACAACAGGCGGUUGGAUUGGGACAUCAACACGCCGACACCAUACAACUUAACUCGCCGGUUGGACUGGGACAUCAACACGGCACCACACUCACCGCCGACACAGAGUACCCAAACAAACACAGGCAGCGGCAACCCCACACGAGAGCAUAUAAAACUGCUAAAGGUCAUCGUUGUCAAGCAAGGAUGCAGAGCAUCCAGCAACUCCGACUUCCCAAAGCAGCUGACAGACGAACCAAACGAAAAGCUUUGUGUCUCAACUCACUAACUAUUUCAUAUUUCAGCCCACUAACUAUCAGUGUCUCAACUCUCACGUCUAAUUGUGUUCAGUCAUGAGGAUGCUAGCAAUAAGAUAUCUGCAUAGGACUGUUGCUGCAAAAGCCCGACACAGUGGUGAGAAGCCUUUACACUGAGCCAAAGGUCCUGGGUUCGACGCAGCCUCUUUGCGGCCGAUACGAUUAUGGCGCUGAAGCUAUGCAGGAGGCUAUCAGGAUUUAUUGUUGGUGCGAAUUCUAGAUGUUGUAGGCUAAGUGAUGUUGAUAAGUUUGCUUUACUGUUCCAAAACUGCACAGAUGUGAGGUCUCUGAAGAAGCUCCAUGCUCGUGUUCUGACACUUGGACUUGGCAGGGAUGUUAUUCUUGGCUCUGAAAUUUUGAUUUGUUAUGCUAGUUUAGGUGUCCUGUGCAAGACAAGACUUUGUUUCCAAGGCUUCUUAAAUAAUGAUCUUGCUGAGUGGAAUUCAGUCAUGGUUGACAUUUUUAGGGCUGGUUAUCCUGAGGAAGCUAUUCUUUUGUACAGAGGAUUGAAGUUGCGUCAGAUUGACUUAGAUGAGAAAACUGUUACUUUUGGCUUGAAGAGCUGCAUUGAACUUCGGAAUUUGUUAUUGGGCAAAGGAAUGCAUGCAGACUCAGUAAAGCUUGGCCUCAGUAGGGAUAAAUUUGUUGGUUCUUCUCUUGUUGGGUUAUACUCUAAGCUUGCCAGAAUGGAUGAUUCACAGAAGGCAUUUGAAGAGAUUCUGGACAAGGACAUCGUUUCUUACACCUCGAUGAUCACUGGUUAUUCUGAAAAUAUGGAUUCUACUUCAUGGAAUGCAUUUAAAAUUGUUAGUGACAUGUCGUGGAGCAACUUGGAAGUAAAUCGUGUGACUCUGGUUAGCUUACUGCAAGUUGCGGGUAAUCUGGGAGCAAUUAGAGAAGGGAAAUCAGUACAUUGCUAUUCAAUAAGGAGAGAUAUUGGUAUCUCAGAUGAAGUUCUAGAGACCAGCCUUGUUCACAUGUACAUGCAAUGUGGAGCUUGCCAAUUAGCAUCUGCUGUCUUGAAAAAUUCGGCGCAAUCUGUGGCUUCCUGGAAUGCAAUGCUUGCUGGUCUUGUUCGAACCGGACAGAGUGGAAAUGCAAUACACUAUCUUUAUAUCAUGCUAUAUGAGCAUAAGGUAGUUCCAGAUUCUGUAACCUAUGCAAAUGUGAUAUCUGCUUGUGCUGAGCUAUGCAAUUCAGGCUAUGCUGCCAGUGUUCAUGCCUACAUAAUUAGAAGGUCUAUUCCUCUAGAUGUAGUUUUGGCCACAGCUCUUAUCAAAGUAUACUUGAAAUGCACUAGAAUUACGAUAUCCAAGCGUCUCUUUAAUCAAUUGGUGGUUAAAGAUACAGUCUCCUAUAACGCCAUGAUCUAUGGUUAUCUCCAAAAUGGCAUGGUCAAUGAAGCUAUUGCGUUGCUCAAAGAAAUGGUGACAGAAUGUGUUGCACCAAAUUUUGUGACCAUUCUUAGUCUGCUUGCAGCUAUCGCUGAUCACAAAGAUUUUGCUAGAGGGAGGUGGAUUCACGGGUUUUCAAUUAGACAUGGUUUUUGUUCCAAUGUCGACAUUGCAAAUCAAAUCAUACGUAUGUAUUCUGGUUGUGGAAAGAUUGCAUCAGCAAGGAUUGUAUUUGCUUCAUUUGAAAACAAAAAUUUAAUUUCAUGGACUACCAUGAUGAUGGGAUGCUUAUUCUGUGGACAUGGAGGUCAAACAGUUGAAUUAUUUCAAUUAUUAAUGCAACAACACGACAAUAAACCUGAUUCUAUCGCUGUUAUGACUGCAAUUCAGGCUGUUUCUGAGUUUGGACAUUUGAAAGGUGUAAAGCAAGUUCAUUGCUUUGUCUACCGUGCCUUGUUGGAGAAAGAUACGAAGACCAUGAAUUCUUUGAUAACUGCAUAUGCCAAAUGUGGCAGGUUGGAUUUAUCAGUAAGUUUGUUCUUGAGUUUGGAACACAGAGAUCUAGAUUCAUGGAAUUCUAUGAUCAGCGCUUAUGGGAUGCAUGGAUUUUAUACUAAGGUACUUGAAAUGUUUAAGCUGAUGGAAGAAGGAAAUAUUAAUCCUGAUGGGUUAACAUUUUCUUCAGUGCUUUCUGCAUGCAGUCAUGCUGGUCUAAUUAAGGAGGGUCUGCAUAUUUUUCAGUCAAUGACCUCAAUGUAUUCAGUUCGUCCACAGGAAGAGCAUUAUGGUUGCUUUGUUGAUUUAAUGAGUCGAGCGGGACAUCUUGAAGAAGGAUACAAGUUCAUAAAGUUAUCUACCUUAAAUGACAAAUCUAGUGUACUUUGUGCUUUACUUUCUGCAUGCAGAACUUAUGGAAAUACAAUGCUUGGGCAGGUUAUUAGCAAUGAGCUCCUUGAGGUUGGACAACAGAAUCCAGGUACUUAUGCUUUGAUUUCAGAAGUAUUUGCUCAGAAAGGACAAUGGAAUAAAUCAGCUAGUAUAAGGAAUAGAGCAAAAGAAAAUGGGUUGAGAAAACUUCCUGGUUCUAGCUUGAUCGAAUCAGUGGAGCAAGUUAGCAAGGUGUGUUAGACAGGUGUAAGAGCAUCACAUGUAAUUGGUGCCUUUAUCAUGUGCUUGAACCACCAUUCAAUCUCAAUAUGAAGCAAAAUUUUGUUAUGCUCUGAAAGCCUGAACCAUUUUGAAGGAAAAUGCAAAGUUCACAGUGCCUUUACCAACACGCAUACACACUAUCGGCUUCUUAUGAAGAAAAAGGAGAUAAAUAUCAUGUUUGAACAUGCUGAUUGUUUUGUUCCUUCAAGGAUCAAGGCAGAUGUUUGAGAGGCACAAGUAGCAGACAGUGGUAUGGUUGCACAUGUUUGGCUUGAUAUUUCUGCUUUACAUUAUUUCUCGUAUUGGGUCUGUUGGGCACUGACGCAUGCGAUGCACUGUCAGAUGGACCUAAACACUUGGAGAGUAGGUGAGAGCUCAGGUGCACGCCAAGACAAACGGUGGGGAACUAUAGCUUCUCGUUAUGCGUGUCACAUCCCGCUACAGGACGAGGGUAUUUAUAGCCUGUUCAGGGGUAGGUGGUUCAAAGUACGACCCUACCCCCAGCCACCAACUAUAUCCAGGGGAUAUUCCAUGUAACAGAGUAAUUACAGUGCCGUUCGUACAACAUACAACACGCACUAGAUUACACACCCGCACGCUACGCUGACUAGUGGGCCUCCUGGCGCGUCUUCUGGUGGGCCGACGUUGGACUGAUCAACGUGUAGCCUUCACCGACAUCCUUGGAGCCUUCGCGCCAGGUACCCUUCGUUCGAUCUGGAUGAGCGAAGGGUGACGAGUGGUCCGCGUCCGAGGCGUAGCGAAGGGUGAUUUUACCCCUCGUUAUAUUAAGUAAUUGUGAAUUUACCCCUGUUGAGGUUGCACCCAUACAAAAUAGGAGGGUAGUUUGGACCUUUCA